UUGUAUAUGAGCGCGAGCGGCGGGCUCUCGGGUCUUUUUUAGCGCCAUCUGUUCGCGGCGCCGCCUCCCGCUCCUCCCGCUGCCGCCGCCCUGAGUCACUGCCUGCGCAGCUCCUGCCGCCCGGCUUCGCGUCCAAGCCUCCGAUAUUUGGAGUUCUUACAAGAUGGCAGACAUUGACAACAAAGAGCAGUCUGAACUUGAUCAAGAUUUGGAUGAUGUUGAAGAAGUAGAAGAAGAAGAAACGGGUGAAGAAACAAAAAUCAAAGCGCGUCAGCUGACUGUUCAGAUGAUGCAAAAUCCUCAGAUUCUUGCAGCCCUUCAAGAAAGACUUGAUGGUCUGGUAGACACACCAACAGGAUACAUUGAAAGCUUGCCUAAGGUAGUCAAAAGACGAGUGAAUGCUCUCAAAAACCUUCAAGUUAAAUGUGCACAGAUAGAAGCCAAAUUCUAUGAGGAAGUUCAUGAUCUCGAAAGGAAGUAUGCGGUUCUCUAUCAGCCUUUAUUUGAUAAGCGAUUUGAGAUCAUUAAUGCAAUUUAUGAACCUACAGAAGAAGAAUGUGAAUGGAAACCAGAUGAAGAAGUUGAAGUUUCGGAGGAACUGAAAGAAAAGGCCAAGAUUGAAGAUGAGAAGAAGGAUGAAGAAAAAGAAGACCCUAAAGGAAUUCCUGAAUUUUGGUUGACUGUUUUUAAAAAUGUUGACUUACUCAGUGACAUGGUUCAGGAACAUGAUGAACCUAUUCUGAAACACUUGAAAGAUAUUAAAGUGAAGUUCUCAGAUGCUGGCCAGCCUAUGAGUUUUAUCUUAGAAUUUCAUUUUGAACCCAAUGACUAUUUCACAAAUGAAGUAUUAACUAAGACUUACAGGAUGAGGUCAGAACCAGAUGAUUCUGAUCCCUUUUCUUUUGAUGGACCAGAAAUUAUGGGUUGUACAGGGUGUCAGAUAGAUUGGAAAAAAGGAAAGAAUGUUACUUUGAAAACCAUUAAAAAGAAGCAAAAACACAAGGGACGUGGGACAGUUCGUACUGUGACUAAAACGGUUUCCAAUGACUCUUUCUUUAAUUUCUUUGCCCCUCCUGAAGUUCCUGAGAGUGGAGAUCUGGAUGAUGAUUCUGAGGCUAUCCUGGCUGCAGACUUUGAAAUUGGUCACUUUUUACGUGAGCGUAUAAUCCCAAGAUCAGUGUUAUACUUUACUGGAGAAGCUAUCGAAGAUGAUGAUGAUGAUUAUGAUGAAGAAGGUGAAGAAGCAGAUGAGGAAGGGGAGGAAGAAGGAGAUGAGGAAAAUGAUCCAGACUAUGACCCAAAGAAGGAUCAAAACCCAGCAGAGUGCAAGCAGCAGUGAAGCAGGAUGCUGUGGCCUUGAGGAUAACCUGCACUGUAAUAGCCUAAACACAACUGUUAUUUACUUACAGCCUUAUGUUUUUGUAUUUUCUUGGUAGACGCAGUCAGUUUUUAAACUUGGAAAGGAAAUUGAUAUUUUGAAGACCAAUUUGUUCUACCUAGCGUUUUAACUAUAGUUUUUCUCUCACAGACAUUGAAUGCACAAAUCGUCUCAUGCAUGUUCAUUUCCUGCUGCAGUUUGGUUCUUCUGGAAUAUUUUCAUCAUGUACCUGUUAGAGUACAACUAUGAAAAAUCAGCUGUUAAUAAACACAUUUUUUGGUGUGACUUUUUCCUAAAGAACCAAAGUAGUUUUCAACUGGUAGUGGAAUGGGUUUAGGUCUGCUUGCAUUUGUUGUGCUUUUUGUUGUUACAGAAAUGCAGUGACUUAGACAAUUCAUCAUUUAAGGGAGGGAAAUUGCAGUUAAGAAUUUCCAGUAAGAUCAAAACUAGUAACAGAUUAUUAGUAGAUUUUUAUAUUUUAGAUGAUAUAAUGAAGACUUUUUCUUUGUGUUAGGGGCUACCUUCUGCUUUCUUCAAAAGGAUGAAUUUAUAUCAGUUGAGCCUAUUUCAAGGCUUUUUUUGUUGUUGUUCAUUUGCCUGUUUAUGUUUUUACAGAUGAAAAUAAAAAUGUCCAUUUUAGUUCUCACAGGAUAAUGUCUUAAUUUGUUCUGAUUCAGGUUAUUACUGAAAGUUAGCUUGAAUUAAGAGUUGUGCCUAGUUUACUAUAUUGAACAACCUUUGAAGAGGUUCUUUGGAGGAGAUGAUAAGCAAGUGCAAAGAAAAGUUAAAUUUCAUUUCUUUUUGGUUAAACUAAAUUUCUCUUGAUUUGUGGUUUAUUCUAAUUAUUGCUUUAGGGGUAAGUAAUAUGUUGUUCAGCUGUGCUUCUCUUUACUGCAUAUGUUAAGAAUGGGUAGUACUGUUUAUUUAACUACCUCACAAAUGUGUUAAUACAUACUAGGUUAGAUCUCAUGAACUUUCUGAAUCUUA